AGACUUCAGCAGGUUUCUUGUGUUCAAGAUGAAGACAGCUGGUGUGUUCCAGUGAAUAACAAAAAAGAGACGACGUUAACAGUUGAAGAACUGAGUUGCAAGAAUAUAUUCUCCCUGCAAGACAGAAAAAGUCAGUGAUGUCGAAGCUGGUUUGUCCUCUGCUUCUCCUUUGUUUACUUCCACCUGUGGUUCCCCUCUUCUGUUACACCUGUGUGUUCCCCGCCAUCUCACCUCUGGACUGCAUCAGAUACCCUCUCAAGUGUCCACCCGGGCAGGUCUGUCUGUCCAGCAGAGCUGUGGGCCAGAGAGGAGGCUUCCGUGUGGUGUUGUACGAGAAGAGCUGCAUCCUGCCCUCCUUUUGUGGAAUCACCGGUGAAAAACAGGCCAUGGGACUCAACUUCACCUUCACCAAUGACUGCUGCAACACACACCUGUGCAACGGAGCUGCAAUACCUGCUACCUCCUGCUGGACUGGCACAAUACUCACACUUCUUAUUUCAUAUGCCCUUUGGUGAACAGAAAAAUAUGUGGAAGAGAACUAGUUAAACACAGAUGAAUUUGCCUUUUCUGCCAUCUUAAUGGACUGACAUUGUACUCAGCGUCUUUUUAGUAACUGUGCACUAAUCUGUGCUAAACCAUAACCAUAUCUGUGAGAUAGAAAAAUAAUAUUUUUCUCUAAUUAUUGCUAAUGACAUCUAAAGACCUGCCCUACUACUUGCAGAGCUGUUUUUGAAGUGUAGAGUGGAAGUGAGUGUAACAUCUGUUGCUUAUGUUCCCAUGAUUUAGUAUUUUUAUACAAACUCUGACAAAAUAAACUACCUCUACCCA